AUGUCACGGGUGUUUUACGACACUGUGAUUGCAGGUUCCGUGAGCCGACUGGCGGCGCUUCUGCUGUCUCCGGUGCUGGUGCUCCACACCGCCACAGAUGUCGCUGCUGCAGCGGCAGUAGUACCAGACCUUCCCGCUGUCGCCGCCGAUCCAGACGACGGACCAGAGCUCUGGCAGCUGAAGCCGUCAGAGGUAACCCUCGAGGUGGCCUCCUCCGGCCAGUCCUGUGAGGUAUGGGUAGGCGGGCGUCUGCUGCUCCACCGCCUCGGCCCGCCGCUCGGCCUGCACGCUCUCUCUGUGAACCCACGGACCGGGCGCGCCACGGGACACGUCACAGCACCCGGCGGUGUGCCGGCCGGAGCAUUCGUGGAGAUGGCAGCAUUCAUAGCCGACCUGCAGCCGGGCAGUGUGAUCGUGCUCUGCCAGCAUUCAGACGCAGAGAUGGUUCUCGAUGACACUUCAGACGAGGUGUUUCGUUCACUGAACGCUAGUUUCGGGUCCGAUCUGCAGGUGCGCUCGGCGCUGGCGCUGGUCGUUAUAAAGGACGGUCCGGUGUUGGCUGAGGGGUACCGCCCACACCUGGCGGCGCUGGAGCUCAACUCACCAGCACCAUCCGUCCGACUGGCUGUAUCAGUACCGGUGGAGGCGCCCUGUCAGCCACCGAUAUCAACCUCUACCUCCUACCGGCUCCGACUGGAGUUCUGUGAGCGAUACGACGGCUACGGAUCGCUGUGUGAUUGCCACUCGCCGCUGCCGCUGCCACCCGUCCCCCGGCCGUUCGCUGACGGAGGGCUGUUCCCGUUCCCUGUGGUGGUGGUGUCUGCCGGCCGGCCUCGCAACCUGCACCGAUGUCUGGCCUCGCUGCUCGCCAACCCCGGCCUGGACCCGGCGAGGUUAAUUGUCAUCACGGCCAGCGAAUCAGUUAACGAGUACACCACAGAUGACAGCGGUAACGGAGAGGAGCUGCGGCGCCUGUUACAGCUGUACGGUGUCCGCUGGCACCCUGUGAAUGCAUCACCGGGCAGCGGAGGUUUCAGUGGCGGCUUACUGCAGCGUGCCGCUCUUCAGGCUGCUCUCAGCCUGUUCCCCACCGCAGAGAAACUCGUUCUGCUGGAAGACAAUGUCGUCGUAUCGCCUGACGUGCUCAGCUUCUUCCAGCAGACACAUCACCUGCUGGACGUAGACAUUAGCCUGUAUGGCGUGUCAGCGGGUAAUGAGCUCGGUUAUCGACACGCUGUCUCGGACCGCACAGCCGUGUAUAGAGUCGACUCGGCACCGGGCGGGGCGUGGCUCCUAACGCGCCGUCUCAUCACAGACGAUAUCCUGCCGGUUUGGGGUAGGAGUGAGGGACCUGAGCCGGAGCUGAGCGAGUUGUUCCGACGAGCCGACCUGCGCUUGGGACGUGAGUGCAUCAUCCCAGAGGUGCCCCGUUUCUACCGGUUUGUGUUUAAUCAGAGUGAUAACGGGACGGACUAUCUGUACCAUUGGGACCGGGCAGUGAGCGAGGGCCCGCCGGUGGCCCUGCGGGGCCUGGAGGACCUCCCCCUGCCGCGCUACCGGCGCCACCUACAGGCACUCAUCAGUAGCGCCACCAAACUGGACGGCACCCAGUCGCGGCUCGACUGUUCGGAGAUAGUACCGAGGAACGCCACUGCCGAGCCUCUGCUGCUCUCCGUGCUGAUGAUGAGCGGGUCGGACGGGGUGAGCUGGCAGCGAGCGGCCGCCUGUCUCGGUCUCUGGGACCGCGACGCGCGCGGCCACCACGCCGGCGUGUGGCGGCUACGACACGCCGGCGGCGGACCGCUGCUCGUACUGGCCGUCCCGUUCUCGCCGCUCGCCGGGUAUGCGACGCUGCACGGCCGCGGUACUAUGCUGCUGGUCUCGGCAGUGAGAUCUAGAGAGCAGCGUCGGCGCGGACGCUGGCCACCGACACCGCCCCGGCCCGGGCCUGACCGGGUGCUCGAGAGGUACCGCUGGGCAGCCGCGGCGGCGGGGCUGAACAGGACUCUGCUGGGGGAGGAGCUCGUUCGACGGGGUGUGCUAGAUCAUCACGACCUCACGGAAGAUGAGGAUGACGGAGAUCUGAGGAUGCAAGAAAUGUCAUAG